AGUCGCAUUAACUGUACCGGUGUUUUCUCAUAACCUUCGCUGAGCUGUUUCAAAGAAACGGAAGGAAGUGGAGAAGUAACUUCCGUAAUAAAUAAUCAUACCAAAGAAGCCAAUCCCAAUUUCGAAAUCUCAAGAUGGACAUGUUACUACCUUUCCUUAUCGCCGGCAAAUUGGAUGAUUUGAAUCCAGAUCCACAGGAUUUCCUUCCGAAACAAUUAUUCGACAUGAUGUCGCGAAACGUCGGGGAUAGAUAUCCCAUAGCGUAUUCCAGACCAUGGGGCGACCUAUUGCGGGAAGGCAAAGGUGGUUCAUCGACCGUGAAAGCCGACAAGGAUAAAUUUCGCGUAGACCUUGAUAUGGAGCAUUUCGCACCAGAAGAAAUUAAUGUUAAGGUCGUCGAUCGUUUUGUGAUUGUCGAGGGGAAACACGAAGAGAAACAGGACGAGCAUGGUUGGAUCUCCAGGCAAUUUUCGAGAAAGUACAUGAUACCGAAACAAUGCGACAUUGAUCAGGUUAUGUCAAAAUUUUCUUCGGACGGUGUUCUAUCAAUCGUCGCCCCACGUAAGCAAGAUCAGGUUGAAAGAAAAAUCAACAUCGAGCGUAUCGACAAACCAUUUCGCGACAUACUGGGAGCAGAAAUACAAUCAGAGGAGCAAAACAUGGAGUAAAAUUCUAUCACAUAACGUUUUCUCAUACUUGCAUCACAUAUACAUAUGCAUCUGUGGCACCAUCACGGGUAUUUAAUAUUUGACGUAACAUUAGUGAAACG